UUUUUCCUUGCUACAGAAUGUCGUUUUGAUGGCGAAUGCGAUGUUUAGUUACGACUGAGUGAUUCUGUCAGCAAAGUCUCUUUAAUGCUACGUUUGAUGGCAAUUUAAUUAGCGUCCACAUCUGCCCCAUACAACAAGUAGUUGUAAGGAGGAUAUUGCAGCUAGAAUUGGUGUUGGAGCACGCUGGAACGAGAAACAUAUUUUAUUUCUUAGUGUUAGAAAACACUUUUCCCGUGGGUUUUUGAGGAGAAAUCCCCAAACGGGGGACGUACAACAGGUCACGUUAUGUUUCCCUCCCAUGACGUAUUUGCAUGUCCUUUUCUUCUCAGAUCCGCACGGAAAACACUGCAUUGUGUUGGCGAUGAAAAGCGCUUCUUCUGGGACAAAACUGUCCGUGAAUGACCAGGGUACUCGGAGGGUCGAAACUGCUCGUUUACAGUUGUUCUCCGUGUGGGGCCUCGUUUCACUGCAGCAAAUAGGGCACUGGAGGACAAGGGGGCUUCAGUUAGUGUGUGAAAGCUCGUGACACAAUUACACAGAGCGCGCCACUGUCAACUUUGCCAUUUCAGUCCCACCGUGCUGACGUGCACAGCUCGCUCACGUCUGACAAGAAGCAGGAGGACCAGCGUGCGUGCUUUACCGAUAGCACACUUUCGCGCAGUUUGGAAUGUACCUAAUAUCAAGGACGUCUUACAUAACGUCUUACAUAACGUCGUAACCGGACUGGUUACAAACGACGUUUCCGUCACCAGCUUUCGGUGUCAACAGUCUGAACUUGGGAUUAACGAAGCUCUACGGCGAAACAUUUGAAGACUAGCGGUGUAGAAACUUUUCUGUGAUUGAACCCGGCUCAUUACCAUCUCCAAUUGGACUUCAUCCACUGGUUUCAGUACUGUGAACACGGGACAUUUCACCAUCGGGUAAGGAUCUCUUUUCUCACCGCAUCUCGAGCAGCCAACUGCCCUAUUACUGAGCCACUCGACUUGCACCACAAGGAGAGCUAAUUUUCAUAAUCGAGGCAAGAAGUCGACCACACCAGCUGCUGCCCGUUACGGAGUUCUUUCGGAAGCAGCCGAGCGGAAGUGAGCGGCUUCAGAGAAAUUUAUUCCCCGCUCCAUCCAUCAAAGCACCGGCGGGUACCAGUUGUUUGUACGGUGCCGUGCGGCGGAGCAGGGCGGCCAUUCACGGGCAGAGAUCAAGCUUUGACUGCACGGGGAUCCCUUAAUCCGCUUAUCACGGCGCAGUCAUCGAUACAUAGAAUAUAGUUAUCUGUCUCGGCUUGGACAACGAGCUGUCAUAUCACAGAGAAACCACUGUGUGCGGUUUGCAGACGACUCUUGGUAAAGUCGUCCCCAUCGUUUACCCGGACACAAACGGACAUCUGUAUUUGCGCUGUGUCAGAGUUUUGAGACCGAGUCUCGUGGGAGCUGAACUUGAACGUGUUAAAAGAACACGUAGAAACUUGUUGUGGAGUGAAGAUCCUUAGCAAAAAAAGGCUCCUCGUGUACACUGACCGUCUUCUUCCCGCCAACAUCCGCCCGUCGGCCGAACCAGCAACAGGACAGCGAAUUGCGGGGAAAAUGGUGGCUUGCUGACUCCAAGAGUUAGCAACAAACCAUCGUCCCUGGCCCUACAGACUUCUCUUUUAUCAAGAUUAGCGCGAACCACGUGGACCGACAAAGCUCUCCGAUGCGGCUGGAUAUGACCGACUCUAACCCCAUGCUGAUGGAACUCCACCCCCCUCCCCACCCCUCCCAGCGGCUCUCUCCCGGGGUUACCCCCGGGAGUAACCCGUCCCCCUCCCCUAGUCACUCCCCCUCCUGUCCCUCCCCCCGACCGAGUGAAGUGGAGACCGACUCGCUGCUGUCGUUCAUGGACACAGCAUGUAACAGCAUCAAGCUGGCUCUGGACAGGCCGUCAAGGUCACGGCGGAAGGUCAACCAUAGGAAGUACUUGCAGAAGCAGAUCAAGCGGUGUACACAGAAGCUGUCCCCGGGGGACGGAGAGAGCGACGACAAGGACGACAACGCUUCCGACAAGGAAGCCGCGACAGCAAACAAGCCCGCGUCUCGCCGCGACUCGCACAUCGGCGCACAGAGCAAGUCUCUAGCAGCUUUAUUCGACCCGAACACCUUGAAGAGACCCGUGAACCCGGCACCCACCCGAGGAAGGACGCGCGUGCCUCUCCGGAAGAGGAACCUCCCUCCAUCUUUCUUCACGGAGCCAGGGAACCAAUCAGGGCCUCGCGGCGCCUUCCAGACAUGCGCAGUGGCCGGGUCCUGGCCCUUGGAUGGAUAUCGUCAUCCGGGAGUUUCCGAUUCUCUGGACAUCUUCAAUCCGGACAUUGCCGAUCUCAUCACGAACUGGCAAGAUGAAUCCGGACACAUUUCCGAUCCGUCCAUGUCUGCGCAUGCCAUGCCAGGAAACACCGCCAUGGCGGCGCCAGGGGAUCACACCUCCAUCAUGCUGCACAUGCCGUCACAACCUUACGGGACCAACUUCAACAUGAACUACCCCCAGACACAGAGCAACCAAGGUCUUCUGACAACGGCUCCGCAAAGCUGGAUGUCAGGCAGCCCUAGCUAUCCAUCCGCACCUGCAUCAAACUAUCCUGCCAGUCGGGACGACUUUUCACGGGUCGGUUACCCCUCGUCAAGUUCCGCCGGGCUGUCAGGUUCACUCUACGCGCCUCAGGUUCAUCAGAUGCCCAGCGGUUUGCCGGACUUUCCUCAGGCGUUUGGACACGGUCAGGCAGCCAUUGGGCAACAGUGGCCCAACUCAUUGUGCUACACGUACCUUUAGGACGAGUACAAAGUUUAGUUUGUACGGGACGUUACAGCCGCCAUGCAUUUUGCUGCAUAACU